AUGUUUCCUGUCCGAAGACGGGCCACGAUUAAAGGCUGUGGUCUCAUCAAUACGCUUAUAAAUAAACUCCCAGUUGAACUCCAUCUACCGGGUUAUUAAUUCUGCGGUCCAGGCACAAAUUUGAAAAAAACGUUUAGCUCGAGGUGAUAAAGGCAUAAACCCUCUAGACGCGGCCUCUAGUUAACACGAUAUUGCAUACGAUAAAAGUCAUUCUAUAGCAGAUCGGAACAAAACGGAUUAUAUAUUGGAAAAUCGAGCUUGGGAGCGAUUCAAAGCCAAGGACGUAGGUUAUAGGGAAAAGACGGCGGCGUGGGUUGAGACUUCAGGUAUGAGGGCGAAACGGAAAUUGGGUGCCGGAUGUGGUUUUAAAGAUGCUGUUAAAGCCGCUAAAAAAGUGUUGAAGAAAAACGUUUGCGAUAAAAAUGUCUGUACGUUAACCAGAAAAUGUAUUGCGGCAGUGAGAAAGUUAUUUAAGAAAAGCGGAAAAAAUAAAACACCCAGGGUGUUAUACCUAUACCAAAAUCUGGUGGUAUGUUGCAGCUAAUUCCGAUUUUCGCCGGACUACCGGCAUUAAGUUCUCUAGCGGGCGGUGCGGCUAGCGUAGCGAAAGCGAUCGGUGAAUUCAACAGAACUAAGCCGACACAUUUGGGCAAUGGAUUGUAUCUCACUCCGCAUAAAGGCAGCAAGUAUAAAAUUACUGGUGGAGAAGGGCUGUUCCUCGGGUCAUAUAAAAAUACUCACGGAGAGGGGCUGUUCCUCGCCCCGCAUAAAAAGAACAUUCGAGGAGAGGGUUUAUACCUUAACCCUCAUAAAGGAAGGGAAGCGAAAAAGUCGGCAAAAAAAAAAAAAAAACUAAUUACAACGUUACCUGAUAGAGCGCUUUACGAUUACGAGAUUAUAAAAUAUGCAAACGCGAUGAAAAUACCACACUUCAGAAGUGUAUUUUCUAGAGACCGGUUGCCUUUCGCUCCUAAACAAACAGAGUGUGCGGUUAUUAAUCUCGGUAGAGAAAAUAGUAAAGGCACUCAUUGGGUAGCGUAUAAAAAGUUUGGAAAAAUAGUCGAUUAA